CGAGUGUUCGACGGCGCGGGACAUCCUUUUAUCACCAGAAUAAAUAAUGUUGAAUUACCAUUCAUUUAUUUUCACUGGUCAGAAGCAGAAUCCUUUUGCGAACGCUGCAUUACGAAGCAGAUUGAAGAGCAAGUUGAACAGAACAAAGACAGUUGAUCAGCAGCAUGGAUACAAUGGAAAUUGAUGACACCAUAUAUGUGGAGAACCAUCUCAUUACUCAAGUGAAUUUUCACAGAAGAAACCGGCUCCUCAGACGCGUCACCGUAUGUCUUGGAAUCCUGUGUGCUGCCCUGCUGUUCAGUAAUAUAGGACAAUUUAUAUUCUAUGAGAGCGACCGCCCUGCAUCCGCAGCUCAAACACAGGCCAGUUACGAUGCUCUGACUCAAGAUAAGGAGACUCUCCAAAAUGAUAAAGACAACCUGACUGCAGCGAGGGACAGACUGCAGAGCAGUUACGAUGCUUUGAGUGAGGAGAAGAGGCGGCUGCAGACCACGCUGAGUGACCUCACAAAGGAAAGAGACGAGCUGCAGCAGAGUUGCAAUUCUUCGAUUACUGAACGAGAUGAGAUGAAGGCCGGUCUGAGCCGCGUGAGAAAGGAGAGGGACCGGUUACAAACAGGCUACAACAACCUGACAGCAGCUGCAGAGCAGUUACAGACCAACUACAGUAACCUGCAAAGAGUGAAGGAUGCAUUAAGCACUCUUAUUACUGCACUCAGAAUAAAAGAAGUUCAGCUGGAAAGUAAUUACACUUCAUUAAAGAGGGAGAAAGAGCAGCUGCAAAUAAGCCACAAUACUCUGAACAGAAGUAUAACUCAAAUUAACACCAGCUAUAAUUCACUGUGGAAAGACAAAGACCAACUUCAAACCAGGUAUAAUACUCUGAGGAAGGAAAAGGAACAGUUACAAACCAGCUGCAGUCGUCUGACUGCAGCUGGAGAAGAGUUGCAAAAGAAAAUCAACAAGAUGACUGCAAAACUGAGAGGCAUGCCCUGUCAGACACACUGGACAAAGUUUGAUGUAAGCUGUUAUUUUGUUUCAACCUUGAAGAAAAACUGGACAGAAAGCAGACGGGCCUGCAUCGCUGAAGGAGCAGAUCUGCUCGUCAUAGACAGCAGCGAGGAGCAGCUAUUUGUCAAUGGAUUACUGGACAAAGGCCAAAGUCAGAACGCCUGGAUUGGCCUCACUGACAGUCUUGCAGAGGGGGUUUGGACGUGGGUGGACGGGACUCCGGUCACCACAGCGUACUGGCUGCCUGGACAGCCCAAUGACUUCAAAAACCAGGACUGUGGAGAAUACGUUUCCUCUGACGUGGGAUCGUGGAAUGACGACGGCUGUUUUGCUGUACAGCAUUGGAUCUGUGAGAAAUAAGAUCAGCAUGGCUUACACUGUUCACAGAAGGUGUGUAGGUUUGGACUUUGGUUUAUUUUCAAAGUUAAACAAUAUUACAUGUUUUUGGCACGUCAGAAGUCUUCAUAAAAACACCAAAAUGUGUAUUGAUGCAUAGAUGAAAAUAGUCCAUCCAUCCAUCCAUUUUCUUCACUUAUCACUUUAAGGGUCGCGUGAGGGCUGGAGCCUAUCCCAGCUGUCAUAGGGCGAGAGGCGGGGUACACCCUGUACAGGUCGCCAGCCUGUCGCAACACAUGAAAAUAGUCUUUCUUUCUGACUUGUUAUAUAUAUAUUCAGUAUUAGACAAGAGGUUUGACUUUGAGGGGAACAGAAGAAGUCAUAGUUGUGAGGGAUAUUAUUGGAUUUGAUCCGUUACAUUUUACUUUCCUGGCAGUCAAAUCUUCCAUCUGUCCAUUUUCUUAUUUCCUUUUCUGACUUGGGUCACUGGGGGCCUACAGGCUAUCCCAGUCGACACUGAGCGAUAGUCAAAGUACACCUUGGCUAACUAACGGUUAACACAAGGAGACACGAAACAAUUCAGACUCACACCUACGGCCAGUUUAAACUCAACAAUUACCCAAAGUUGUAUGUUUUUCCACUGUGGAAGUCUUUAUGAUUUUUUUUUUGAUAAGUAAACCUUGAUAAAUAUUGUUAAUAUAAUUAUCAUUUACUUGAUGAGUGUAAAUAGCUUCCAAACAUUUUUGUUUUAGUUUUCAAUUUGGCAUAGCUGGUGUUGGUUAUGAUGAAUUUUUAUGCAUAUCAAUUUGUAUUAGAUUUGUUCAGCUCUUUUCUUGACUUAUUCUUAAAGACUUACAUAUGCCAGAAAAUGUUGUAUAUUGUUUGUUUGUUUUUUAACUUAAUUUACAUAAAAAUCAUUUUUUAAAAGCAAACAUACAUAAAUAUUGUUGAUCUGUUAAACCUGUUAUUAAGCUUAUUGUUAUAAAUUCCCUGUUUGUAUUAAAACUGAUU